UGCCGCCUCGCAUGCGACGUCCGACUCUGACCUUCAUCGACGCACUCGUCGUCGAUUCCUGUGCAGCUGUCCCGCCAUCUGGCCCGCGCUGCCGUUCCCCUCGCCGUCCCCUCCCGCCGUCUUGUCCGCUGCCCCGCCCCGUCCUCGCGGCUCUCCCGCCCUCGCCGCUUGCACCAGUCGAUGCGCAAGCUCGCGGCGAGUCCACCGACACCCGCAAUGCCCGCUUUUCCCCCGCGCCGCCAUUUCGCCCGCAUUCAUCGAGGUGCGCCGUCUGGCAGAGCCUCGCCGCCAACUUCCUCCCGCCCUCUACCACACGCACCGCGCCGCAUCACCACCCCAGUUGGCACAGACGGCUCCACAAGGCCUCUGUCGAGUCCUCGUAGGCGACUGGACAUGCAUUUAUGCACGGGACAUGUCGCCGUGCGAUGUUCUGUGGCGACUACUCAAGAGCGCCCGCCACUGCGCGCGCACACUAGGUCAGAGGACGUGCAAUGCACGUACGUCCCAUUCCGUGUUCUUGCCUGUCCAAUGUCUGACCUGCGCUACCCCACUCGCCAUGUCCGCAUUCCUGGCCCCCGUCGCGGAACGCGUUUACGACGCAUUGCGCGUGUGCGUACGGCGCGUAUGCAGCACGCGCCAUCCGUCGGAAACGGUUCUGUGCGCGGGACAUCGCGCCGCGCGAUGUUCAGUGCCGCCGGCCGUCUCGGCGCGACACGCACUGCGCGCCGUGGGCCAUGGGUGACAACAUCGCAUCGAGCACGGCGGCGUCACGUCGCGCGUCGGAGCACGUCCUACGUGCAGUACCCAUCGCGGCAGAUUGCGAACACGUACUUUCAAUCGUUCGCCGAUGGACGUCAUUCGGGUGGAUGUAUAUCGGAUCUCUACACCGUACCGGCACCCCGCGCAAGCACCCAAGCUUGCGCGUGCAAUGAGAGUCCAGGGGCGAGACAGGGAGUUGACAUAAGGGAGGACGAGGCACGCAGCAGCAAAGAGGGGCAGGGUCACGCCGUCUCGGGAGAGGUGUGUUGGCAGGCCGGACAGGAUGAGGAUUCAGGGAUUCAGAAGGGCGAAGCGAGGAUGAGGCAUGCCAGGAAUGGCGAGGGAAGACUAUGCGCACAAGGAAUGAAGAAUGGCGUGACGGAAACGCGAACAUGCACGCACAACACGGAAGCGAGGAUGAGGUACGCUAGAUGCAGAACCUCGCGACACGACAUGCCAACAGCGCGCACCAUGUAACGUGACGGCCAGCGACCGGGUCUCAAAACCGCAUAGCGUCCACGCAACGCGUAGACGUCGGGCUACACUCGUCCCGCAUCGGAGCGCCGCGCAACGGCCUUGGACGCGCAACCGAGCACCAGCGGCACCACCGCUUGUUACGCGGACAAGACGGCGCAUCCUGCUGCGUCUCGACGGAUGUCGGCACGCACGGUAGGUACCUUUAAGCAUACUGACUAUCUACCUCUGUGAAGUCCACCACCCUUCAGUUACGUAGCACCUCCCGUCCACCUGGGAUCAUGUUCGCGUGAUCUGCCGGGCAAUCUCCCCACCUCGCGACGAACAGGCCCAGCGGCACAUCGCUCA